ACUCUCUCUCCUAUUCUCCAUUUUCCUCCUCCUCCACCUCUCCCCAUGUAGAUUUCUCUCUCUCUCUCUCUCUCUCUCUCUCUCUCUCUCUGUGAAAUGUGAAUACCGUCUCCGACACCUUCAGUUGUUCACACCUAAUUCUUGCAUUUACUCUCCCUCUCUCUCUCUGUCAAGCACGCAGAGUGUGAGACUAUACCAAGAAUGCCGCCCUCCACCACCACCUUCUUCCUCCUCCUUUUAUCCUUGAUGCUCAGCCCCUUAUCUGCCGCCCCCCUCCAGAACCGCCGCAUUCUCCACCAACCCUUCUUCCCCGAGGAUUCCGUCCCCCCAUCCCAACCCCCUAUCCCCUCUCCCCCAUCCACGCCCAAAUAUCCCUUCUCUUCUUCUUCUUCAUCUAACAACACCCCCUUCUUCCCAUCUUACCCCUCCCCCCCGCCGCCCCCUUCCCCCGCCUCCUUAGCUUCCUUCCCUGCCAACAUCACCACCCUCGACGUUCACAACUCCUCCAAAUCCAAAUCCGCCUCCUCCAAGCUCAUCGGAGCCGCUGUUGCUGCUGUAGUCGUCGCCGUCGCCAUCGUCGCCGUUGCAGUCUUCCUCCACCUUCGCAGGCGCAACAGAAACCAAAGAUCAUCAUCCUUCGACCACUCGAAAACCCAAAGAUCCGAUAGCAACAGCACCGCGACUACAAGCCACCACGCUCCAAGUAACCAUCACCUUCCGAAGCUUCAGAGACCUUCACAGACCAGCUCAGAGUUCUUAUACCUGGGUACUUUGGUGAAUUCACAUGCCGCUGGAGGCGGCAUUGCCGGUAAUGGAGGCAGUAGCACGGUGAAUGAUAUCAAUGCUUCUAAUUCGCGGAAAAUGGACUCGCCGGAGCUCCGCCCGUUGCCUCCGUUGAACACGCAACAGAGUUUCCGGCGGAAUUAUCGAAAUAAUGCUGAUGUUGCAUCCAGUAAAGAUGAUGAAGAUGAAGAGUUUUUCUCUCCCAAAGGCUCGUUAAACGGCAGGGAGAGUUCUAUUGGCACUGGAUCAGCUUCUAGAAGGGCAUUUGCCGCCAUAGAAGUGGAGAAUUUUAAUGGGUCUACUUCAAAUUCUUCCUCUACCUACUCUUCUUCGGUUUCUGGAUCGGGUUCCGGGUCUCCGGUGAGGUCCAUUUCCUUGAGUCUGUCCCCAGCAAAUAGUUUGAGCCCGAGGAAUUCAAUGCCCAAGUCGCCUGACUUAAUCGAGAUUCAGACCAUUGGGCUGUUGCAUCGGGAAAUGCCGACCUCCCCUCCCCCUCGAGGAUCGAUGUGUAAGGAGUCUGCAUCACCGUCACCACCAAGUUCAUCGUCGCCGGAUAGAUACUCUAGGAGAAGCGAAGAGUCGUCGCCACGGAUUUCGAAUAUAUCAGAUCGGAGUGUGGACUCUCCAGUGAGGUUUGGCAGCCGUGCACAGCAUAAUGCCAGUUCUAUUCUGAAACCGCCAUCACCUCCUCCCUCGAAUCGUCAGGAAUCCCCACCACCGCCACCACCACCACUUUCCGCUCCCUCUCGACCACCAGUUUCUGUUCCACCGGCGCCUCCGCCUCCGCCACCACCACUGAGUAAAGUAUGGGAUAGUCCUAGAACUCCAACCCCUCCUGCCAAAAAGCCCAUUUCCCAGCCACCCGGAUCGGUUACGCCCUUGAGACCGAUCUCUAUCAGGACCCCCACGGUGAUUUCUCCAUUUGAGUUGCCCCCAAAAGAUUCAGGAGUUGGGGAGAACGAUGAGGAUGAAAGAUCUACAAUUAAAGAAACAGAACACUCAAGUGAGGGCGUGGAGCGGAAUGAGGAAGCUACUCCUAAACCAAAAUUAAAGCCAUUGCAUUGGGAUAAAGUAAGGGCAAGCUCUGAUCGGGAAAUGGUGUGGGAUCAACUCAAAUGCAGCUCUUUUAAAUUGAAUGAGGAGAUGAUUGAGACAUUGUUUGUUGUGAAUACUCCAAAACCAACGCCAAAGGAAACAAAUAGGUGGCAGGUUCUUCCCCCUCCCGGCCAAGACAAUGGUAAUAGGGUUCUUGAUCCCAAGAAGGCACAGAAUAUCGCAAUUCUGUUGAGGGCACUCAAUGUCACUGUAGAGGAAGUUUGCGAAGGUCUUCUGGAAGGCAAUACAGAUAUGCUUGGUACUGAGCUUCUUGAGAGCUUAUUGAAGAUGGCACCAACUAAGGAAGAAGAGCGUAAGUUAAAAGAAUAUAAAGAUGCUUCUCCAACUAAGCUUGGGGCUGCAGAAAGAUUUUUGAAGGCCGUUCUUGAUAUACCCAACGCAUUCAAAAGAGUAGAUGCAAUGUUAUACGUGUCCAAUUUUGACUCUGAGGUUGAGUACCUCAAAAAGUCCUUUGCAACUCUUGAGGCAGCUUGUGAAGAAUUGAGGACUAGCAGGAUGUUUCUCAAACUUCUGGAAGCAGUACUGAAGACUGGAAACCGCAUGAAUGUGGGAACAAACCGGGGUGACGCACAUGCCUUCAAACUUGAUACACUCCUCAAGCUUGUUGAUGUCAAGGGAGCUGAUGGGAAAACAACACUUCUACAUUUUGUUGUUCAGGAAAUAAUUAGAAGCGAAGGUGCUCGUCUUUAUGGUGGGAGCGCAACUGAGACCUCUGCCAUAAAUGAUGAUGCCAAAUGCAGAAAGCUGGGUCUCCAAGUCGUUUCGGGUCUCAGUUCCGAGUUAUCAAAUGUAAAGAAAGCUGCUGCUAUGGAUGCAGAAGUGCUUAGCUGCGACGUAUCCAAGCUUUCAAAAGGAAUUGCAAAUAUAGGAGAGGUUAUAAGAUUAAACAAACCAAUUUCGAUGGAGGAAAGCAACACCAAUAAGUUUUCUGACUCUAUGAACAGCUUCAUGAAAAAGGCUGAGGAGGAAAUUAUUAGGAUCCAAGCCCAAGAAAGUGUUGCUCUGUCUCUGGUGAAGGAAAUAACUGAAUAUUUUCAUGGAAACUCAGCCAAGGAAGAGGCUCAUCCUUUCAGAAUCUUCAUGAUCGUGAGAGACUUUUUGACAAUUUUAGAUCGGGUCUGCAAGGAAGUUGGGAUGAUAAAUGAAAGAACCACAGUCAGUUAUGCCCACAAAUUUCCAGUUCCAGUUAACCCAUUGCUACAGCAAGUUUCAGGGGGGUUUCACAAUGAACGGCAACACACUUCCUCUGAUGAGGAGAGUUCUUAACAUUUAGCUCUCACAUGAGGUCGCAUUUUCUCAGGUGUCUCUGACAAUGAAAAUUGAAAAGUGUCCAUUUACAAUGCGGUCAGCAGGAGCUUCCUGGGAUAGUGCCUGCCCACUUUUUAGGUAAAAGCAUUUUCAUUGUAACAUUUUGUAUUUAUUAUAUAGAUUGAAUGUACAAGAUUUUGUAACCUUCAGGUCUUAUAGAUGUAUACAAAGAAAAAUCUUUUGAUGCAACAGGGACUCAUAUUGACAGGGUGGUAUUCUUUUCUGUAUUUCUCCUGUAAAGCAUUUUGGUUUUGGAAAUCUUGCUGUAAAUAAGCAUGAUUCGAGGUUACCAAUUCUCAACCCUUUCAUUAAUUUUUA